GUUUUCUGUUAAAUCCUUGAGUGUUCUUGCACAAAUCAACUUUCCUCCCAGUACGGACAACAAUGAGAGCACGUCAGUUAUGAGUUUUUUCAGCUUAGCUGUUCUCUGGAAAUAGCGGCCUCAUGGACAAUUUCCAACGCAAACAAUCUGUGUGGAAUUUAGUGAGGGAAAAUGUUCCCUACUCCGAGCUGCCUGAGUUUCGAGCUGUACUUGGAGAAACCCUCAUUGAUACGUACACAGAGUUAUAUUCAGAGGUGGAGAUUUGGGAGACUAUUUGGCAGGAGGUCCAUCGCUCAGAGCAGGGCAGCAGACCAGAAACUCCAGUGUUCCCUCUGGCUGACCCCCCGGCUAUUAAAGGACUGCUAAAGGCUGAGAUUCAAUUGUUGCUGCUUACACUGAGGGAGAGAGCAGCCAGGCAGGGCCGGGAUGAAGAGGAGGUCAUGUCCCAGUACAGUCCUAGUGUGGUGAGUUAUGCACUGGGUAGCACACAGAGACAGGGGAGCCCAGGCAGCUGGUGUGAAAGACCCCUAUCAAGCUUGAGCGAGACUAGAAGCAGGUCAGUUUCCAGCCUCUCAUCUCACUCUAGCUUUGUGGAAGAGAUCAAGGCCUUAAGACACAAAUUAAACAUUAGCCAUAUAGAGGAGGUUGUGUCCCAUCUCAGGUCAGUCCUAACUGAAGAAUGUGAAGCCUUGAAAAGAGAUGUGCAGGUCUUGCAGGAGAAUGUAGACAUAGAGAGAGCCAGUAGGCAGAGAGGAGCUACACCUCCUGAACCCACUGUUGCAGAGCUCAAAGAGGAACGGAGGCUCAUUCAGAGAGAUUGGAAGGUUCAGAAUUUGUUGAGCUGCUAUUCCACCACAGAUAUUUUGAGUACAAGAAACCCACAAAUCUUAGCCAGGGAAACAAGUAAGCUUGAUUUGUCUGCUCCUGGAAUAUAUGCAUCCCAUUUGAAACCUUGUCCACCCAGAGACAUAACUGCAGUCUCACACAAUCAGAGAGAAAAACCCAACGUAGGAGCUUCAAAGACCUCUGUCUCUCCCUCAGACACUGCACAGCACAGAAAACUAGAUCAAUCCGAUUCAAGCUUUUCCAUAGCUUCUUCACUCAAGAGUGAUCUACGACUAAUGCGUAUCAAGAACUCUUCAACUACUGAACCAAAAUCCUCAAUCCCUAGUUCUGCUAUGGAACAUGAGAGCAUGCCCAAGGAGAGCAAAUACAGAGGAAAUUCAGUAAGAGCUUCAGCGUUCAGACUGGUUCCAGCAGCUUCAGUUACAGUUUCUGGAUCCGCUAAAAAUCUCCUCCUGAAGAUGGAGGUGACUAGAGACAGUGAUCUCGGCCAUCUCCAGCCGACUCCUCCAACAGUGCAGAGACCACCCAGCAGGGGGCAGAGGGGGAGCAGACACCAGCGCAUUCCUCAGCCUGACAGUCUGCUCAGUGCAUGACACUCUGCUAAACUCCGUCAAUGGGACAUCACUGCGGUCAAUGUCAAAUGUGAAACUGUUUCACAAGUUUUCUGGCCUAUAAGAACCAAACUGCAGAUCUGAGGGGAUUCCAAAACCUACCGCCAAGGUUUUUUGCACAGUUUCAUGUUAAGGAUUUUGAAAUGUCUUUAAGACAAUUAUUUAUAACAAACUUGUUAAAAAAAAAUAAAAACAAUUUUUCACAACCCUUAAAAAAAGAGACAAAACAUAAGCCAGUGCUGAUCUUUAAAAUAAACUUUAUUUGCCAUUUCAAAUUGAACAGUUUAAGAUAUACAACUGACAUGACUAAGACAUUUUCAAUGCAGUUUGGCCCUAAUAUUGAAAAGACAUGGUUAGAUAUGUUUGAUAAAAUACUGAGCUCAUGUCAUUGUGCUUGUCAUUCUACAUCUUUUUAUUAUGCCAUGAGCACAGAAGUAUACACAGACUAUUGUAAAGACAUCCCCUCUUUUAGGAUGCAGGAAACGGGAAAUUGUUUUUUGUAAGUUUGUAAUAUUUUCAUUUGCUUUCAAACACACAAUAUUUAAAAGUGCUGUGACAACAUGAAAAUGCACGAUAAUGUUGUUGUUGUUUUUUUAAUGAUCAUAGGCAAUGACGAGGAAUUCACAGUUACCAUGAUUCUGUGUAGUUAUACUUCAUACAGCCACAAACUUGUGCUCAACAUAUAUUUCCAUCUAGGACCUAGAGGUAUUUGUUUAUGUGCAUAUUUUUUCACCAAAUUCUAGUUUUUGUAUUGUUUACUCUUUAGACAGCCACCGCACCAGUCCAUCGCUCCCUAACAAAAUAUGCAAUAACGACAUCUUAUGUGUGAAGAUUUACAUUUUAUGACACAUAGUUUCAAAGCCAUGCAUCAGGAGCAAAGUCAACAUUGAAGUAUUAUCAAUUGCUAUUUUCAAAAACAUCUUAUAUACCAAGAGCUGGUUGAUAUCUGACAUGGUUUAUUUAUGUUAAUAUUCCCACAUUAACGUUCCUAAAUAAAAACUUAGUUUGAUGAAAGCAACUUUUUUUUAGUAUGCAUUACUAAACAUUUCAAAUGCAUAGCAACACAUUUUCUAAGAUGGGCAUGCUUGAGUAAAAACAUUCUUUCCAAACAAUCAAAUGUGCUCUCUCCUUCAAUUCGUUUUUACAUUUAAAAUUACACAGUUAAUGAGAGUACAAGAAACUGGAUCAUGGGUAAAUUAAAUCCCUUUUAAAUUGAUAGAAAUGUUUAUACUGUACUUAAAGGGGUUUGCAGCACACAACAAAUACUGUACACUUCAAAAUUACUACAAUACUGAGGUGAAAAUAUAACAAUGUUGGCUUUAGACUGUGCUUCCAUAUUAAUAUGCAACUUUUCUGUAUUAUCUGGCAGGACCAAACACUUUUGCUAAAAGCAUUCCUGUAUUUAUAUAUUUAUUUAUUUUCCAAGUUUUAGUCCAAAGCCUUUGUAUGGCAAUAUGUUUGAGAUCAGCUGGCUUGAGGAGGUUUAGGAAAAAAACUUAGUGUCACAGAACAUUGCUAAAAAUUAGUUUUAGUCCUAUAAAAAUAAAAACUCUCCUACAAAGGUAUAUUCAGUUGUUUUUUUUAAAUGGCAACAUGGAUUAUUACAUAUUAAUAAAAUUACAUGACAUGAAUACUGGUACGAACAUGAACUAGGUUUGACUCAGCAGCUGAACAUCCACUACACAGAGCACUCUGUAGUCUUUACACAUAACAUUAGCAACAUUACUAUAAGAAAUAAAGUAAAAACAACUAAGAAAUAAACCCACCUACUGCAUCAGGGUUGGUUUACCUUCCCAACCAACCCUGAUAAAAACAAACAUAAACAUACACAUCAGUUGGGUUUUUGUCUUUUUUACAUUACUGUACAAUAGAGAGAGAGAGAGGUGACAAGAGAUGGGGAACAGUGCAUGAUUUGCACUUAUGCAUAACAUUUCUACAUAACAUUUCUACUCUAGUACCUAGAGACAGACACAUGGCCUCAUGCCACGUUCAAAGUCUGAGGACCACAAAUUUGACAAACGAGGCCUAAAGCAAGUUUCAAUAUUGUGCAUUCAUAUUUCUGACAGCGAUUAAUCUUAUAGCUACUGUGCAUGUAGCCAGCUAAAGUGAACCAGUAAAUAAAAGUGCUGUUAGUGUUGAGUCAAGUUGUUUAUUGAGCCCUAAACCAGGCAGCACAGAGAGUGUAUGCUGCAUUUUGCUGCUUUAAUCUACUUUACCAACUGUCUAACAGAGGAAAAGCUAGAGUUUGUGACCUGCAAGUACUGUUGUGUUUUGAUGACAUCACAAAAACCUAGGAAUCGAACCUCUAACUACUCCCCUGAGUGUUCGAUACCUCCUGUUAGGCAGCAGGGUAACGGACCAGUCACACAAAAUGUGUCCUUGUGCUAAAAACCUAGACGUGUUUGUAACAGCUGAAGUUCUUUUUAACUUGACACAGCAUUUAAAACAUGUGACGCUCCUGCUAAACAGCGUGAGGCGGCACAAUGGUCAAAAACGUCCUAUCACAAGCACUUUUGAUGUUUAAUUACAUGUAUGAUAUGAGUUAUAGAUAUCCACAGUUAAAGUUUCACUAGGAAAAUACUAAUUCAUUAUAUUAGCAAAUAAAUUGCUUUACAGAUAUCACGAAGACUAAUUUUCACUCAAAUAAAUUUGCACUAGUAAAAACAAAAAUUCUUGAUAUCAAGAAUGACAUCAUUACUCAAAUACCAAUUCUUGAUUUUUGAACUACUAAAAACCAUUACUAAUAUCUGUCAUUCACUCCUGUUCAAACAUGCAAUAACAGAUUGAA